GCUGACCUCUCCUUGCUGCUCUCCGCGCUGAGCGCCGCUGGGCAGGCGCACGUCAUCCUCCAGCCCGCCAGGGGGCGCCCGCGGCCGGCGGCGACGCUCUAGGCUAGGGUCGGCGUGAGGAGGAGGCGGAGGGGGCGGCCGCGGUGCGGGUGUGUGAGGCGAAGGCGGCGGCGUCGGUACCAUGUCGGGCUCGGAGGAGGAGGAGGAGGAGUAUUCCUCGUCCGAGGAUGAGGACUAUGUCCCCUCAGGUGCGGAGUACAGCGAGGACGAUGUGAGCGAGCUGGUGCAAGAGGAGCCGCUGGAGAGCCCGCGGCCGCCCCGCGGCAGGAGCGGUCCCCGCCGCCCCGGCAGCAGAAAGAGGAAGAAAGGAGGCCUCUUGCUAGAGCCAGAUGAGAAAGAGGAAGAAAAGGCCCAGCAGAACGAAGAGGAGAAGGGAGAGGAAGAGGAGGAAGUGGAUAAUGUAGAGCAGGUGGAAAGGAAAAGAGAAGAAGAGGAGAAAAAGAAAGAGGAUGCUCUCUGGGCCCGUUUCCUUAGCGACGUGGGAGAGAAGCCCAAAGCAGGGGCUGCAACGCAGGCUAAGAAGGCUGAAGAAGAGAAGAGUGGGAACAAGCUUCAGGAGAAACCAAAAGAGUCUGAGAAGCCAAAAGAUGCAGGAAAAGUGACAAUCACCAAAGUGUUUGAUUUCGCUGGUGAGGAGGUCAGAGUGACUAAAGAGGUGGACUCGACCUCGAAAGAAGCUAAAUCCUUCCUGAAGCAGCAAGAGAAGUGGCAGCAAGCAGCUCCAGCUUCCCUCCCUACAGGCUCUGGGGUGAAGAGGCCAAGUGGUAUGAGCAGCCUCCUGGGCAAGAUUAGCUCCAAGAAGCAGAAGAUGAGCACGCUGGAGAAAUCUAAACUGGACUGGGAGAGCUUCAAGGAGGAGGAGGGGAUUGUGGAGGAGCUGGCGAUCCAUAACCGAGGGAAGGACGGGUACAUCGAGAGGAAAGCAUUCCUGGAGCGUGUGGAUCACAGGCAGUUCGAAAUCGAGCGUGACAUUAGACUGAGCAGGAUGAAGCCCUGACGUGCCAGGGGCAUCCUGCUGCCUUCUGUGCCUGACAGCUGGCUGGGGGCUGCCAGCAAGCACAGAAAGCCAUCCUCUACCCAAGACUCAGCCUGUGUCUCUCGACCUGCAGGCUUUUCCUUUUACUGUAAUAGUUGGGGGCGGGCAUUGGUUGUGGGCAGGGGACUCUUGGAGGGUUAAAUGGCUCAGCAGGUGACAGCAGCCACCGUGUGGGACUCUGGCAGGCAGCUUUGCAAGGAGAAGAGACGGUGGCAGCCAUCCUUUGCCAGCGCUGGGUGAUCAGUGCCAGGGCUGGGAGGGUGCUGGAGCCUAGGGUGAGGCUCAGCUUGGUGGCUGCUGUGGGCUGGAACCCUUCUCCCUUCUCCCCGCUCUCCGCCAGCCCUGCAGCGCUCCCUGCCCCUCCGCGCCGUGCUCCUGCCCGGACAAAGCCCAACUGUCUGUACUUGUUUGUGGGGUCUGAUGAUGCUGGGGGGGAGGUUUUCAACAAGCUCGUGAAGAAAUCCUUCCUUGUUCGUGCUGUCAAGAGGUCGGGAGCAGCUGCAGCAGGCAGGAUGGGCCAGGAUCUGAGCGUUCACAUGAAUAAAGUAUUCCAUCCCCGCUC